UGAGCAUAAAUUCCGGCUCCGACUGAAUCCGAACUGUCCGCAUCUAAGUUUCUUUAUGCGGCCGGUUUUUUGCGGUUUUUCGGUUUUUCGGGUUGGUUAGAGUCGGGUUAUUAUGGGUUUUGUUGGUCGGGUUCGGAUUAAAAAUUUGAACCCGUGGAUAUCCAUACCCGACCGACCCAAAACACUUAAAAGGUGUAUAUUUACUCUUUUAGCAUCGCGAGCGAGAGAAAGGAAAACUAAACCCUAGCCGCUGCUCACGAAAGACGAAACCUUCUCUUCUUGUGCUCAAAAACCUAGCCGCCGCCGCUCACACAAACUACAAAUCCUAACGCCGCGAGAGUAGUCAUGUGAACCCUAGCACGGUUCAUUCAUCUCCUUCUGCCACUGGAUACUCCUCUCUGUCUACUGCCAAUCUGCUUGUCUCCUUCUAACAUCGCGAAGAACAGCUUCUUCAUCAUAAUGGCAAAGUUUGUUUACACUUUUGAACCUUUCUACGCAAUUUUCUGUCCCCUCGGUACUUUUGGUUAGUAAAGUUGCCCCUGUUUUGACAUAUUUAUUCAAACAUCAAACUAGUACCUUUGCAACAUAUGACUCUACAUGUAUGCACCUAAAAAGGAAGCAAAAAAAUAUUGCAAUUUAAUGUUUGCUCAUGAUAUGAAGCUAAUUAUGACUAGUUUUUUGGAAUUCUAUAUUUCAUAUGAGAGUUUGCUAGUUUCUUCACUUGCAAAGGAAUUAAUUAUGGUAUGGUUACCAGUUAAACAAUCCUAAAAUCUGAAUCUGAGUUUCCUGCUCCUAUUAUUAUUUGAUGUUUCUUGAGAUUACUAAUCAACAAUAGAAACAGUUUCAUUCAUUAUUUCUGUUAAGCAUAGGCAAAAUAAAAGCAUUUUUACAAUUUCUGAUGCAUUACUCAACACUCACAAGGCACAAAAGAAAGAAAAACAUAAAAAGAAGAUAAAAAUCUUAAAUUUAAAAGAUUCAGGUACUUACUGUUUAUCAUGUUAUGAUUUUUUUUAAUAAUUGAUUUGUGUUUUAUUUUGAAAAUUCUUAUGUUAACUAUUUGUGUUAAACUUAUUUAUUUAUAAACACGUGUUUCACUUAUUUAGUUAAAUUAAAAAUUUUGUAAUUGUUUACAUUAGUUUAUAUCUAUUUUAUGUAUUUUUUUUUGUUUUUGCUAAUACUGUAUGACAUUUUAAAUCAUGAAUUCAAGUUUAUAACUCUAAAAUAACAAAUUAAAAGUUGUUAAAAUACCAUAAACACUUAAAAAUUACCUAUGACUUCAUUAUACAGUAAUGGAGCAGUCUAGUCAAUUCGAAGAGGUUGCAAAUCCCACCAUGACUGAACCAGCAGCAUCAAGAGGUGAUGGUGGUGGUGCACAACCUAUUGGACAACCAACAGUUAUAGCUGAAGCUGUAGAAACUAAUCCUACUGCUACCCUCCCAAUUAAUACAAGAAAGAGGAAAUUAAAUGCAAGUGGGUCUCAAAAAACCUCUAUAGUUUGGGAACAUUUCAAAACAAUAUCUGAAAAUGAAUCUAAGGAGAAAAUGGCUGAAUGUAAUCAUUGUGGUAAACGAUAUAGGUGUGAUCCAAAGAUACAUGGCACAUCAAGUUUACUUAACCACAUAGGAAAAUGUCCUAAAUAUCCAAAUGCUAUUAUUAAUGACCCCAACCAAACAUCCCUUACCUUGAAGAGAGAUGUGAGCGGUUUGACAGUUGUAAGCCAAAGAUACAAUGUUGAAGCUUGUAGGAGGGCAUUAAUUGUCUUUAUUAUUUUAGAUGAACAACCUUUUAGGGUGGUUGAGGGUGAGGGUUUUAAGCACUUUUGUAGACAGUUACAACCACAAUUUAUUGUACCAUCAAGACAUACAAUAGCAAGGCUUUGUUUUCAAUUUUAUAUGGAUGAAAAGCAUAAGCUAAAGGCUUUCUUUAAGUCAAAUUGUGCUAGGGUAGCUCUCACUACUGACUGUUGGACGUCUAUUCAAAAUUUAAACUAUUUGGCACUCACAACACAUUUUAUAGAUAAUGAUUGGAAAUAUCAGAAAAGAAUCAUUAGUUUCUCAAUAGUUCCUAACCACAAAGGGGAGACCAUAGGAAAGAAAGUUGAGGAGGUAUUAAAGGAAUGGGGUUUGAGAAAUGUGUCUACAAUUACAGUUGACAAUGCUUCAGCCAAUGAUGUGGCUGUAACAUAUUUGAAAAAAAGAUUCAAGAAUAUGGGAGGAUUAGUAAUGGAUGGUCAAUUUUUUCAUAUGAGGUGUUGUGCCCAUAUACUAAAUCUAGUAGUGAAUGAUGGUUUAAAAGAUGUGCACAAUUCAAUUGCAAAUAUUCGGACAGCUGUUAGAUUUGUAAGGUCUUCACCCCAAAGAUUGGCUAAGUUCAAAGAGUGUGUUGAAUUUUCAAAAAUUGAAUGUAAAAAAUUGUUAUGUCUUGAUGUUCCCACAAGAUGGAAUUCCACAUAUAUGAUGUUAGAUGCUGCUGAAAAAUUUCAAGUUGCCUUUGAAAAGCUUGACUUUGAAGACUCAAGUUAUCUAGAGGUUUUUGGGAUAGCUGGUCCCCCAACUACAAUUGAUUGGGAGAAUGUUCGAGCAUUUUUAAAAUUUUUGAAAAUUUUCUAUGAGGCCACUAAGGUUUUCUCUACAUCAUCACAUGUCAGCUUACAUGUUGCAUUUCAUCAACUGUCAUCCAUUUAUUUUGAACUUAAGCAAUCAAAUAUGAAUCUGAACACUAUUUUGGCCAUGAUGGGUUUUAAUAUGAAGCAAAAGUAUGACAAAUAUUGGGGUAAUAUAAAUAACAUCAAUCAAUUGUUGUAUUUUGGAGUUAUUUUUGACCCUCGUUACAAAUUUGAAUUUGUGGAUUGGUCAUUUAAAGAAAUGUAUUUAGACGAUGCAAAUUUUGAUGAAAAUUUGUCCACUUCUUUGAAAGAAAAUUUGUUCCACAUGUAUAAUUGGUACAAGACAGGUUAUGAGAAACAAAAUGAAUCUGCACAAUCCUCUCAUGAUUCAACAUUUUGUGUUUCUCAUAGUGAAACUUCUGUCUUUGUUGAAAAUUCAUCAUAUUUGGCUAGGAAAGAUGCUUUUAAGAAGCACUUAAGGGAAAAAAAAUUCUAUUGAUAGAAAA